AUGACGUUAACAUUGACGCCGGGCCUCUUCCUCUCCCUCAUCCUAACCCCCCUCCUAUUUCUACCGUGCAUCCUCGCCGAUGAAGGCCCCUACAACCAAUCGCAACUCUACGACCAAGGCCGCAUGGGCUCGUGGCCCACGGAGCUGUUCCGGUCGACCACGACGGUCGGGCUGGCCGUGAACUGGGUGCAGACGAGCCCGCGGUGCCAGGAUCCCGGCGAAUACUACCUGCUCGCGCCGCGGGGGGCCAGCGUCCACCGGGCGGGGCCCAUGAUCCUCGACCACGCCGGCCAUCUCGUCUGGACGAGGGCGUACGGGCAGACGUACAACGUGGACGUGCAGCGGUACCGGGGCCAGGACUAUCUGACCUUCUGGGUGGGGAGCGACGCCGAUGGUGGGCACGGGCGGGGCACGUAUUUCAUGCUCGACUCCUCAUAUCAAGAAGCGUAUACGUUCCCGGCGGCGCGGAACCGCCCCGGCGACCUGCACGAGUUCCACAUCACGCGCGACGACACGGCCCUCCUGACCAGCUACGACCGGCGGCGCGCCGACCUCUCGCGGGUGCCCGACGAGACCGGGCAGGCCGGCCCCGUGGACGGCUGGAUCUGGGAGGGCACGUUCCAGGAGCUGGACAUCGCGACCGGCCGGCUGCUGUUCGAGUGGCGCGCCUCGGAGCAUUUCGCCUUCGCGGACGUCGUGCGCGCCCGCGAGCCCGGCCAGGGCGUCUCCGCCGCCGAGCCCUGGGACUUCUUCCACAUCAACAGCGUCGACAAGGACCGCCGCGGCAAUUACCUGGUGUCGGCGCGGUAUACCAACUGUCUGAGCUACGUCGACGGGCGCUCCGGCGAGAUCCUCUGGCGGCUGGGCGGGAAGAGGAAUAACUUUACCGAUGUCUCUGGGCCUGCUGCUGCUGCAUCACCGAUCGCAGAGGCAGCAGAGGCAGCAGAGUCAGGCCCCGCCACGAACUUCACCUGGCAACACCACGCCCGCUUCCGCGACAACGACACGGCCAUCACGCUCUUCGACAACGCCUCGCGCGGCGUCGGCGCCCCCGCCCGCACCUCGCGCGGCCUGUACCUGGACGUCAACCAGACCGACCUCACCGUCCGCCUCCGCCACGAGUACUGGAACACCCCGAACCAGGCCCUCAGCAGCCAGAGCCAGGGCAGCCUGCAGCUCCUGGCCAACGGCAACGUCCUGGUCGGCUACGGGUGGAACGCGGCCUGGACCGAGUUCUCCCGCGAGGGCGAGCCCCUCUGCCAUGUGCACUUCGGCCCGCAGCGCGAGUUCGGCUUGGGGAAUAUCCUCUCCUACCGCGUGUUCAAGCACCCCUGGCGCGGGGCCCCGCGCACGCGUCCGGAUUUCGAGGUGUAUCGGGAUCGGGCCGCGGCGAGUUGGAAUGGGGCUACGGAGGUGGUGGCUUGGGGGCUGGAGGGGACGGAUGAUGCUUCUGCUGGGCGGCAGCAGCAGCAGCAGCAGCAGGGGCAGCAGGGGAUUCGGGAAUCGGGGGGAGAGGGUGGGAGUGCCGCGGCCUUUGCGAGAGUCACGACCGUGCCGAAGGUGGGGUUUGAAACUGUCAUCCCUAUCCCGGAGGAUGCGAGGGAAUACAGGUAUCUCCGCGUGCUGGCGCUGAAUGCCUCGGGCCAUGUGCUGAGCGCGUCCAAGCUGGCGCGCUGGGAUCCUGCGGCUGAGGAGGCGGUUGUGGUCUCUGGGACGGAGGGGGGUGAUGACGAUGGUCGGGGGCGGUUCGGCACUAGGGAGAGGGUAGCUGUGGCGGGGCUCUUGGGUUGUGCGCUGGUGCUCGUGGUCGGGGUCUGCCUCUUACGCCGGUUCGGAGUUCUGUUCCGGAGGACUGCGCUCCGUCGGGUGGAGGAUCGGCAGCGGGGAGAUUUCCGGCGUCUGAGACGCUGGGACGCGGAGGACGAGGGAAGUUUGAGCGACGUUGACGGUGGGGAGGGGGUCGAACUCUCGUCUUUGUUGGGACAGCGCCGCGUAGCCUCUCUUCCGGACAGAGAGGGUGAAGAAUAUCGAAGCAGGAAAUGAAACCCACGGGGCAGGUGUGAUUCAUCAUAUUGCUCUUGCGGUUGGCAAGCAAUGUUUGAGCGGCUUUCUAUCAGGGUCAAUAGAGCAUAGUAUGUAUAUGGUAUCAUGGUUGGGACAGCUUGUUCAUGAAUUACGACCCCCAGUGGAAAGAGCACAAUCACUACGUGUACCAGAUAACCAACUACACUUC